AUGUCCGCCGUCUCCGCGUCAGCCAUGAACCCCCAGGGCCAGGGAAGUCGACAAUCAGCCCGCCAAACGCGAACCAACCCCUCUCGGACUUCAAAAACCGUUGGACGGUCGUCCUUCGCGUUCGGCCGCGGCUCGACUACUGAAAUUCCUGAAUCAUCCCCUGCACCCCACGGUUUCUAUCCUGCUCUAACGCAUUUCACUGAUGCUAUUACCGCGCUUCCACGCGAGUUCCGUCGUCACAACUCUUUACUCAAGGAAGUUGAUGCAAAAGCGUGGGCCUUGGAGGAAAAUUUACUCCAACUACUUCAACUUUCUUCCGAGUCACAGCCUGUUCCUCACCCUCCUCACCCGGCCCCCAUCGCCGGGGGUGUGGAACUCCCUCAGUCCCCGGAAUCCGCCGAAAGCAAAAGUCGCCGGCUCCUUUUUGAUCGCGUACGACAAAGCCUCUCCGACCUGAUGAUGACCGCAGACGAGAAGAAUCACGUUAUCUCAAACGCGAAUGAAGAGCUAGACCGCCAGGUCAUUCGCUUGGAUACGGUUUUCCCAUACAUCGCGGGCGAGAUUAGCGAGGAAGCUCGUCUGGGCAGUCUGACGCACUGGGCAUACUCCAACAAGAGUGCCGCCAAGGCAGCGACCAACGAGCGUCCACGCCGGGAAGCAGUCGCACACAGGCAAGAUUUAUCGCAUGUGCUUCACGAAGCUGAAGCCGCCAGCCGCAGCGAGGCGCGCCGUGAUGCUGUCAUGGCACGGAAGCAACGUCGGGCACAUGUUGACGCAGACUAUGAGGAGACUCGGGGUUCUGGUGCGCGCAAGACCGCCAAUGGCAAAGCACGGGGCGGUGAUCACGCCGACCCGAACGCUGCUCCCAAGCGUCGCAAGGUGGAGCGACCACCGUUGCCGGUGGACGUCAGUGUCCCAAUGGAACGAACUGCUAGCGGCGCUACCAGCCAACGCGCUGCGAACAAAGACACAGCGGAAAAGAAGCGCACUCGCGCGCCGAACCCGACUGCCGCUGCGCGCAAGAAGGCUAAUGCUUCCAAUGCUGGAUCGCCCGUUCUGGCUCCAUCCCCUCUGGUUGGCACAUUCAACGCUCCUCGUGGUGCCGCCAGUCCAGGGCCCAGUAAUUCGAGACCGCAAUCUUCACGUGCCCAGCAAAAUGCGGGCGUAACAAGCAACGCGCGCGCCCGGCCAUCGUCUUCGGCCUCAAACCGCCCUAACAGCAGUAUGCCAUCUCAAUCAGCUUCCCCGGACCUCUUCAUUAACUAUAUCCCCCGCACAGACAAACUCAACGACCCCAGAUCUACACCCCGGGACGGACCCGUCAAGAAUGAACUUGUCAACCACGAGACACAUCGUGAAUAUGAUGACUAUCAUUCCAGAACCUCCGUUCCAGCAGGCUCCAAGCGUGAGGAUCUGGAUCGGAAGGCUGGUUCUGUCGAGGCCGACACCUCCAAGGGCCGUAAUUCGAAGACAUCUACCCCGGUGCUUUCGGCAUUUGCAGAGCCAGGACCGCGUGCCCGGCCCACGCGAAGCCAGGACCCGUCCACCAAACGCACUCAGAAGAAACCCAUUCCCCAGCCCACAAUACCCUCUGACGACGAAUCACUCCACGAGGGUGACGACGAAGACGAAGAGGGUGAGCCACGAUACUGCUAUUGUAAUGAGAUCAGUUUCGGAGAGAUGGUCGCUUGUGAUAACGAUGCCUGUCCACGUGAAUGGUUCCACCUGUCGUGUGUCGGGUUGACGAAACCACCUGGAAAGAACGGUAUGUUUGGUCCUCGUCGACAUGUCGCGAUCAUACUAACACGUCCCAGUUAA